AUGGAUAGUCAGGCUAAGUUACCUGGGUCUGCUGGAUUUCCCGAAGGAAAUGGUCCUGUGGGGAUGGAUGGUCAGGCUGGGUUACCUGGGUCUGCUGGAUCUCCCGAAGGAAAUGGUCCUGUGGGAAUGGAUAGUCAGGCUGGGUUACCUGGGUCUGCUGGAUCUCCCGAAGGAAAUGGUCCUGUGGGGAUGGAUGUUCAGGCUGGGUUACCUGGGUCUGCUGGGUCUCCUAAAGGUAUCAGAUCUGGAUCAAAGGGCCAUAUGGUGCUGAGCUGUGGAAUACAGUGGGUGAUGAUGGCAAUGGGUGAUGAGGCUCAAAUAACCUGGUCCAUUGGGCCUCCUGUGGAAAAGGGAUUUGUGGUAAUGGAUGGUCAGACUGGGUCUACUGGGUCACCUGAAGGAAAGGGUCCUGAGGGAAUGAAUGGUCAGGCUGUUUUACAUGGGUCUGCUGGGUCUCCUGAAGGAAAGGGUUUUGUGGUAAUAGAAGGUCAGACUGGGUCUACUGGGUCUCCUGAAGGAAAAGGUCCUGUGGGAAUGGAUGGUCAGGCUGAGGUAAUUGGGUCUACUGGAUCUGUGGAAAUGGCCGGUGGUGCAAUUGUAGCUGCGUCUGGUUCUCAAGAACAAAAUGUCCCAAUUGAAGACCAACAAACAGAUCCAAGUGAUGAUGCCGACAAGACAAAAUGUUGCAAAAAGCUGUGGAUAACCAUCGGCAUUGCGUUUGCGAUCGGCGUGGCCAUUGCCGUAAUCCUGGCGUAUUGUGCAGCUAAAGGGUUACUUGUGUCUACUGGAGAAUCUCUGGGAUUUGAUCGUCAUGCUGGGUUGCAUGGGUCUACUGAGUCUCCUGAAGGAAAGGGUUCUGUGGGAAUGGAUGGUCAGGGUGGGUUAUCCGGGUCUACUGGAUCUCCUGAAGGAAAUGGUUCUGUGGGAAUGGAUAGUCAGGCUGGGUUACCUGUGUCUGCUGGAUCUCCCGAAGGAAAUGGUCCUGUGGGGAUUGAUGUUCAGGCUGGGUUACCUGGGUCUGCUGGGUCUCCUAAAGGGAACAGAUCUGGAUCAAAGGGCCAUAUGGUGCUGAGCUGUGGAAUACAGUGGGUGAUGAUGGCAAUGGGUGAUGAGGCUCAAAUAACCUGGUCAAUUGGGCCUCCUGUGGAAAAGGGAUUUGUGGGAAUGGAUGGUCAGACUGGGUCUACUGGGUCACCUAAAGGAAAGGGUCCUGAGGGAAUGAAUGGUCAGGCUGUUUUACAUGGGUCUGCUGGGUCUCCUGAAGGAAAGGGUUUUGUGGUAAUGGAUGGUCAGACUGGGUCUACUGGGUCUCCUGAAGGAAAGGGUCCUGUGGGAAUGGAUGGUCAGGCUGAGGUAAUUGGGUCUACUGGAUCGGUGGAAAUGGCCGGUGGUGCAAUUGUAGCGGCGUCUGGUUCUCAAGAACAAAAUGGCCCAAAUGAAGAAAGUUGCCAGUACGCAGGUGAGGCUUCCUGCAUGUACCGAGGAACAGUCUCUGUGACUAACACUGGAAAGACGUGUCAACGCUGGGACAGUCAGACACCUCAUGAACACAUCAAGACACCUGCUGCCUACCCAUCGGCCGGGCUGGAGCAGAACUACUGCCGGAACCCGGACGGCGAACCCGGAGUCUGGUGCUUUACCACGGAUCCUAACUCGAGAUGGGAGCUGUGUGACGUACCGUCAUGUGAUUUCUAUUUUAAAUUUCAUCCACCAGUAAGCUGCCAGUACGCAGAUGGGGCAUCCUACCGAGGAACAGUCUCUGUGACCAACACAGGCAAGACGUGUCAACGCUGGGACAGUCAGACACCUCAUGAACACAUCAAGACACCUGCUGCCUACCCAUCGGCCGGGCUGGAGCAGAACUACUGCCGGAACCCGGACGGCGAACCCCGAGUCUGGUGCUUUACCACGGAUCCUAACUCGAGAUGGGAGCUGUGUGACGUACCGUCAUGUGUAAGCUGCCAGUACGCAGAUGGGGCGUCCUACCGAGGAACAGUCUCUGUGACCAACACAGGCAAGACGUGUCAACGCUGGGACAGUCAGACACCCCAUGAACACAUCAAGACACCUGGUGCCUACCCAUCGGCUGGGCUUGAGCGGAACUACUGCCGGAACCCGGACGGCGAACUCGGAGUCUGGUGCUUUACCACGGAUCCUAACUCGAGAUGGGAGCUGUGUGACGUACCGUCAUGUGGUAAGAUCUGA